UGGUUUCCUGUUUGCUAAUUUAGCUUCCGAAGCUAGCAGAACACCCUGAAGACUCUCCUUGGAACAGAUUAAACUCACUCUGCUUUCUACAAACAUGUCUAAAGUCCAGCUGCUGAGGGGCAUGUUGAAACUACGGCUAACGGCUGCUGUCAAAGAAAUACUUGACUUGUUUGAAAGAAUGACCGCAGACUAUGAAGAAGAAAUUCAUCGUUUAAAAGAAGAGAACAAAGGAGGGGAAGUGCUGGAUGCUGGUUUUAAUUCUAGAGUUCGCUUGUACAUUGCAGACAUGCAGCAGCUGUUAGAGAGUAAAGAAGACUUUCUUCCUGAGCAGCAGGAAUGGAAUCAGACUGUGGACCAAAAGAACUCAGAGCCUCCAAACAUUAAGGAGGAACAGGAGGAACUCUGGAAUGAAGAAAAACUAGAGUCACCACAGUCUCAUCAAAGCCAUGAGAGCACAGAAGGGGAACAUCUUUCCAACAACUCAACUGAACACAGAACAUUUAAAACAGAAGCUGAUGGAGACGACUGCGGAGGAUCACAACCUGCCAGAGACUCUGGUCCAUGCACUCAUUUACAUCUCCAUCCUGAUGAUGUGCAGCAGUUGCUGAUUAAAGAUGAAAUUCUCCCUGAAGACCAGCAGUGGAGUCUGAGUGUUGACCAGGAGAGGAUUAAAGAGGAACAAGAGAAACUCUGGGUCAGUCAGCAGGGACAGCAGCUUCACCAGCUGGAGGAGGCCGAUAUCACUAAGUUUCCUUUCACUGCUGUUCAUGUAAAGAGUGAAAAUGAUUAUGAAAAAGUAGAGUCAUCACAGUUUGAGAGCACAGAUGCUGAGCCUGUAGCCAGCAGCUCAGGUGUAUACAGAACGAGGAGAGCAAAAACUGAGGGAGAGGGCUAUGGAGGACCACAACAAUCCAGCAGCUUGGGUCCAAGCAGUCAUUUGCAACGAGAUACCAGUGGUAGGAGUUCAGACAGUUCUGAAACUGAGAUUGAUGACAGUUAUGACUGGAAACAGACAAGAGAACAAGUUAACAGGAAUGUCUCUGUUCAUCAUGGCACUUUCAACAUUGCUAAGAAACAACAUAAUUGCUGUGAAUAUGGAAAAUUAUAUGGUCAUAUGAUCUAUUCAAAACACAGACAAAUAAUUCAUGCAGGAGAGAAACUAUUUUGCUGUUCUGAGUGUGGUAAAAGAUUUGGACGAAAGAGCAACCUGAACAAACACAUGAGAAUUCAUACAGGUCAGAAACUGUUUGUCUGUUCUGAGUGUGGUAAAAGAUUUGGACAGAAGAGUGAUCUAAUCACACACAUGAGAAUUCAUACAGGUGAGAAACCAUUUGGCUGUUCUGUAUGUGGUAAAAGAUUUGGACAAAAGGGCCAUCUGAGGUCACAUUUGAGAAUUCAUACAGGAGAGAAACCAUUUGGCUGUUCUGUGUGUGAUAGAAAAUUUGGAAACCAAGGCCAUCUGGUUGCACACUUAAGAAUUCAUACAGGAGAGAAACCAUUUAGCUGUUCGGUCUGUGGUAAAAGAUUUGGACGAAAAAGCCAUCUGAACAAACAUAUGAAAAUUCAUGCAGAACAGAAACCACAAAAUAUUUAACAGCAGAAGAAAUACAAAGUAUAAAGGAAGAACAUCAAGAGGCUGAGUGGAUUUCAAAAAAUACAACAGAAAAACAAAGACAAACAACAAAUGCCAGCAAUUGUAAUCACUGAAGAGGAGAUCAGAAAGAAAAUGAGUGAAUACAGUAACUUCAA